GUUCUAACACAGGAAGUGUUUCUACUCACAAUCCCUAUACUGGUGUACCUUAUCUUAUUGUGCUUCACUCUAUCACACUUUGCAGAUACUGUGUUUUUUACAAAUUGAAGGUUUGUGGCAUCCCUGAAGUCAUACAUUGGCAAUUCUUGUAAUAUUUCAAACGUUUUCAUCCUUAUUAUACCUGUUAUGGUGAUCUGUGAUCAGUGAUCUUUGGUGUUAUUAUUGUAAUUGUUUUGGGCCAUCAUGUGGCACCACAAGCCACACUUACAUGAGAUAGGCAGGCUUAAUUGUUAAAUGUGGCUGGGCACGGUGGCUCAUGCCUAUAAUCCCAGCAUUUUGGGAGGCUGAGGCGGGUGGAUCACGAGGUCAGGAGAUCGAGACCAUCCUGGCUAACACGGUAAAACCGUGUCUCUACUAAAAGUACAAAAAAUUAGCCGGGUGUGGUGGUGGGCACCUGUAGUCCCAGCUACUCGGGAGGCUGAGGCAGGAGAAUGGCAUGAACCCAGGAGGCGGAGCUCGCAGUGAGCCAAGAUCGCGCCACUGCACUCCAGCCUAGGCAACAGUGCAAGAAUCCAUCUCAAAAAAAAAAAAAAAUUGCUAAAUGUAUGUGUCUUCUCACUGCCUCACUGACCAGCUGAUCCCCAUCCUUCUUCCUCUCUUCAAGUGUUCCUAUUCCCUGAUGUACAGCAAUAUUGAAAUCAGGGCUGUGUGGUCUUUGAGGAUGUGUUUGUAUACUUCUCUUGGGAAGAAUGGGAGCUUCUUGAUGAUGCUCAGAGACUUUUGUACCAUGAUGUGAUGCUGGAGAACUUUGCACUUUUAGCUUCACUGGGAAUUGCAUUUUCCAGAUCACGUGCAGUCAUGAAACUAGAGCAAGGAGAAGAGCCCUGGGUGUAUGACCAGGUGGAUAUGACUUCCGCCACAGAAAGAGAGCCCCAGAGGGGACUUAGACCUGGUUGUUGGCAUGGAGUGGAGGAUGAGGAGGUAUCUUCUGAGCACAGCAUUUUUGUAGCAGGAGUGUCACAGGUCAGGACUCUCGUGGCAGAGCUGCAGACUCACCCAUGUGACAUACGUGGCCCAAUAUUGAAAAAUACCUUAUACCUGGCUAAGUACCGUGGGGGAAAAGCCAGGCAGAAACCAUACUUGUGCGGGGCAUGUGGAAAGCAAUUCUGGUUCAGUCCAGACUUUGACCAGCACCAGAACCAGCCCAAUGCAGGGAAACUCUUCCCAAGGAAGAAGGGCAGAGACUCUGUGAAAAGCUGCAGAGUCCAUGUGCCAGAGAAGACCCUCACAUGUGGGAAAGGUGGGAGAGACUUUUCAGCCACAUCUGGCCUUCUUCAGCAUCAGGCCUCUCACAGCAGGAUGAAGCCCCACAAGAGCACUAAGCCUGUGAGUGGCUUUCUCAUGGGACAGAAGUAUCACAAGUGUGGUGAAUGUGGGAAAGCCUUCACCCGCAAAGACACACUUGCUCGGCAUCAGAGAAUCCACACUGGAGAAAGGCCUUAUGAAUGUAACGAAUGUGGGAAAUUCUUCAGCCAAAGCUACGACCUCUUUAAACACCAGACAGUUCACACUGGAGAAAGGCCAUAUGAGUGCAGCGAAUGUGGGAAAUUCUUUAGACAAAUCUCCGGCCUGAUUGAGCACAGUCGAGUUCACACAGGUGAAAGACUCUAUCAGUGUGGCAAAUGUGGGAAAUUCUUUAGCAGUAAGUCUAAUCUCAUUCGACACCAGGAAGUUCACACAGGAGCCAGGCCUUAUGUAUGCAGCGAAUGUGGGAAAGAGUUCAGUCGGAAACACACGCUUGUUCUGCACCAACGAACUCACACUGGAGAAAGGCCUUAUGAGUGCAGUGAAUGUGGGAAGGCCUUUAGCCAAAGCUCCCACCUUAAUGUACACUGGAGAAUUCACAGCAGUGAUUAUGAGUGUAGCAGAUGUGGUAAAGCUUUCAGCUGCAUCUCCAAACUCAUUCAGCACCAGAAAGUUCACUCUGGAGAGAAGCCUUAUGAGUGCAGCAAGUGCGGGAAAGCCUUCACUCAAAGACCCAACCUCAUCAGGCACUGGAAAGUCCACACUGGGGAAAGACCUUAUGUGUGUAGUGAGUGUGGGAGAGAGUUCAUCCGGAAACAGACACUUGUUCUGCACCAGAGGGUUCAUGCUGGAGAAAAGCUUUAAGAGUGUAGCAAAUGUGGGGAAAGUACUAGACCAGUGCCCCUGACUUACUGUAUGGUGGGGAAUAGCAGUAGUUAAUGAGUGCAGCAGAUGCAGGAAAGCCUUCCCCUGGAGGCUGAACCUUACCCGCCAUUGGGAAUUUCAUACCGGACACAGGCCUUAGCAGUCCAAGCAAUGUGCUGUCUCUGUUCAACCUAACAGCUCACUCUAGAGUGGAACUCUGGGAGCAGCCAUUGGGAGGGAACCAUCAGUCAGAAGUGAAACUUCAUAGAUAUGGACAUUCCCACUGGGGAGGUUCCCUGUGAGCGCCAAGUAUGUGAGAUGCUUUCAACAGCUGUGUUGCACUUUUUAAAUGGCUAUUGGCCUUUGCUGGGGCAGGAGCCAUCUGCUCCUACCAUCUGGCAGAAUCAUACUGCGUUUACCAUUUACCCCAGCAUGCUUGUGACGGGCAGACCUCUCUUCUCUCCCCAGUCCCUGAAAGAAGUUUUGAGUGGUCUCACAGCCCACUAGUGGUCUUAAUUUCCUCUCUUUUGAUGUAAAUGGCAUGGAAAUAAUCAGCUUUGUUCAAGAGGACACAGAAGGAUUCUGCAAAUAGCCUGCAGAGACCUACCUGCGUUGAUUGGUUUCAUAUGAUGCUCAUUAUGGAUACAUCCAAUAUCCAAGUCACCCAGCUCUGGAACUGCCUGCUUCACAUUGCUCAUGAUAAUAAAGGCCUGUUCUUUAAGCCACCA